UUCGCGGUUUCCUUUGCCGAAAAAACAAGAAAAGAAAAGAAAAUCCGCGGUUUCGUCGAAAUUGGUAUGUUUUCCUUCGACAUUCUUCGUAGUUAGCGCGCCAUUGGCUCUCGCUUCGUCGGAGUUCCAUCAGAUCUAGGGCUCUCUCGGUUUGACGAUUGGUAAACUGUUUGGUUCCUCGGAAAAUUAGGUAUUACUCUCUCUGUUGUUCUUUAAUUUUCCCGGAAAGUGUCAGGAUUAAUCUUCGUUUUCCAUCGCCGAGGGGGGUCCGAUGAAUUGCGAGGCACGGCCAUAGAAAUCAAGCUUCGAGAGUUGAAUUUCGUCUAUUUCUCAUGCCCUCUUCAUGCAAAUCAGGUUCGGUUCGUUCUGUUCUAGGUUUUCUCAUUUGAUUUCCGAUUAUUUCCUUCACCAGAUGGCGAAUCGGCGAUGAACCCUAUCUUCGUUUUGGGGAUUUAGGGCAAGUCAGCUGCUAUAUUCAUUUUUUGGUCGGAACCUUUUGGAUUUGGUGUCUCCUUCUGUACCGAUUCAAGAAAUUAAUUUACAGUUUCCAGGAAUAAUCUGAUCUAUUUGUUGGUUUUGAUGUGGGAAAGAAUAUCAUCUUGAUAGAGAAACAGGGCAGUCUCGGCUUUCGUUGGCUGCUCUGAACUUUUGCUCCAUUCAUGUUGUUCUCUGCUGGAUUUAGAAUCCUCUUAUUGGAAUGAACUGUGUUGUAACUUAAUUUGAAGCAUUUCUGGUUUAAAUUUUUACUGAUUGCAUAUGUUGACUGAAGUCUGUGGAUCGAGCUUGCUCCUUUCCCUCCCAGAUGAUGUGUUUUCGAUCGUGUCGCGGUCCCUUGCUCCAAGGGACCUGUGUAAUUUAAGUCUAUGCUGUAGGAGUCUAUACGCUACGGUAACAUCUGAAAAGGUCUGGCUUACGCAAUGUGAGAUGGUUGGAAUUUUGGCGGCCAAAGAACUUAUCGAAUGGCGAACGGGUAUGGCGUCAUUUAAGGCACUUUGCCGCUUUCUUAGCAGUGUUGAGCCAUUGAUUGGAAUAUGGGUUCAUCAGAAUCCGGAGCUUGGGAAUGUAGUCUAUGUGAUGCCGGGUUUUGUUUCGAUUGUUGGUUGUCGGAUUAUCCCUCAAGAACUUGGUCCGUUAGGCAUUGAAGAUGGGCCAAUUCUCUGGGCACCUGUUUUCGAAAUCCUGGGAGAUGUUGAUGGGUCCACUGCAUUUUUUCUACAUGGAAGGGAGAAGGGGAGUGACUAUUUUUAUCCGGGUUUGGUGAAGGCUGUCGAUAAGAGUUGCAACGUGCUUCUUCUUGAGGUUGACACUAGAUCGCACAAGCACGAGUGUAGUAGUAACUUGUUACAUGGUAAAUGCUUUGUUAACCAUUCAAAUCAAGAGUCUAGAAAGGUUUGUAGGUCUAACAGUGAAAUUUCUAAGUCCCAGAGGGGUUUUGGACAGCCUGAGGCAAAGGUGCCGUUUGGCCGGUUGGCUUUUAGUGAUAGAAGAAAGUUGCUCGAAACUGUAAUGAGUCAAGUUCGUGUCAAGGCACCCGACCUUGUUACUGGGCCGCUAUUUCCUAGGUUGAGGGAUGAUGAAGUUAACUUCGAGAAAGAUAUGUUGGAGUUAUCAGAAAGGAGAUCAGUACUUAUGCAGAUUCAUAAAGUUGGUGGAAGUCAAAUGUCUUGGAAGGGUAGUUCUGAACUGUUACCAAAUCCUACUCAGUUGGAACUAAGUGAGUUCAGAAAGUCUCUUGAUGGUUCGAGUGGUCUUCACAAGUCGAUUAAUGCGGACAAUGAUCAGGAAAGAUGCGCGAAAAGGAAAAAUCUUGGCAGGUAUUUGAGGCAAAGCCUUAAUCAGAUACUGGGGAAAUCUGGCUUAUUUAAUGAUAGCAAAGGAAUGUCAAAGAAUAGUUGUUCAAGYAGUGUCAAUAAAUAUGUGCAACUUGAAGAGUUUCUUAAAUCGGGUGAUACGGUCGGAUUGGCAUUGCACGCAUCGACCAUGAAGCUAUCUUCUUACCGAGGAUGGCCUAAUAUGCACGACAGCCGGUUUGCACUGUAUAAAUUGCCAAUGCGAGUGCCAACUGCCGAGCAAGAGUAUGCUGGUUUAUGGGGAGGRACAUUCGGCUGGCCUCCGGGSAAGCCUACAGAAGACAAGCCYGGAAAAGCCCUUUUCUUUCUUUUGCUUUCRUACGAGAAAUCCCAGGGACAAUUGUUUCUCAUUGCAACGAAAAUAUUGGAAGGUACUCACUAUGUUUUACAUCCUAAUGGUUCUGCAAUGUUCAGAGUGAAUAUUAACGAACCUUCGGUCGAUCCAUUUCCUUGGGAGUCUGAUGGGGAUCUGCUACCUGUGAGCAUUCGGCAUACGUUUACGGGAGAGGGCAUUGCCAAUGGGUAUGGCUUUAGAUACCCUGGUUCGAAGCCCGGUUCUCUCUUUGUAUUUCAGAAUGGCCAACUGGCUUUCAUUUGGAAGGAGUCUAGAUCUGUCCUGACCUUGCAGAGAUUGAACUUACAAGAUCUUUUAAAGAAAGGUGAAAGGGUACCUCCUCUACCACCAACCAUCAACUUUUCCUAUCUAACCAAGUCAUACUCGAACGUCUUCGCUGGCUUCCCGAACACUGUGACGUGUUUCUCCUCAUCAAGAGAAAUGUGUCCGUAGGAAAUUUACGGGGUACAAUAUUUGUUGAAGAGAUAUGUUAUGGGUGUCACGGUUGAGGGUGCAAUUUUUGAAUUCGUUGCGUCGGGAGCAGUUUGUGAUGUUCACAAGUUCAGAAGAACCCUUCAACUUAGGGGAGGUAUUUUGUUGUAUUAGUAUUACUGUGCCAAUUUACAGUACUUAGAUGCUGGAAUAUUUCUUAUGAUGUCUUAUUUAUGGUAAAAAAUAAAAGAAAAAUGAAAAAGAAAAAUAAUGUGUAUUUAUAUAAAGAUUGUGGCUUAUGGUUUUGUUUCAUAGAGUUGCAGUGAAUCCAAAUUCGUGGUGAAUUGCAAAUAUAUAUUUCACAGGUACCAUUGUUUGUAACUGCUUGGUAGAGCAUGUCCAUAGGGGAAAGCUAUAUCAACUUAUCUAUUUGAUUAAAUCCAGAUAUGUGCUCGUGAACUCCUUGCAAUAUA